AUGGAAGCCAUCGCCAAGUUUGAUUUCAGUGCUUCUGGAGAGGAUGAGUUGAGCUUCCAGGCUGGGGAUAUGCUGAAGGUGUUGAGCUCCCAGGAAGAGUGGUAUAAGGCUGAGCUCAGAAGUCAAGAGGGCUACGUUCCUAAGAACUUCAUCGAUUUUCACGUUCCUCCCUGGUUUAACGAGAGCAUAUCCCGCCACGAAGCAGAGAACAUCCUCAUGAGCAAAGGAGUUGGCUCCUUCAUCGUCCGAGCCAGUCAGAACUCUCAAGGUGACUUCUCCAUCUCUGUCAGGCAUGAAGAUGAUGUGCAACACUUCAAAGUCAUGAGGGAUUCAAAGGGUAACUAUUACUUGUGGACAGAGAAAUUCUACUCACUAAACAAGCUGGUGGACUACUACAAGACAGCUUCCAUCUCCAGGCAGAAGCAGAUAUUCCUGAGGGACACCAGCCGAGAAGAGAAGGAGAGGCGUGGUGGGAGCCUGGAACGGAUGGUCUGGGAAGGAUUCCACCUGGGUGGAGCAGCUGGAGAAGAUCAUUCUUCUAUAUCCAAGAGAUACGUAGAGCAUCCUAUCCCUGUACUGCAGCAGCAACAGGAUAGAUAUGGUGGGAGUCUGGACCGGAAAGAUGGGCUGCAUGGACUAAGGGAUCACAGCCAAGCAAGUGCAGCAGCUGUGCAAUGGAGACACACAGACCCACUGCACCAGCAGACACCACCGCGAACACUAUGGGUCCGUGCCUUGUACGACUUUGAGGCUGUGGAGCAUGACGAGCUGGGCUUUCGCAGUGGAGACAUCUUAGAAGUCCUGGACAGCUCCAACCCGUCAUGGUGGAAAGGACGUCUGCGUGGGGAAUUGGGUCUAUUCCCUGCCAACUACGUCACACCGGUGCCCCUGUGA